GCUGCUGUUACCGGAGGAUAGCGAAAAUGUGCUUUCGUCAAAGGAGGAGAGGUUCGUCAGGAGUGGGGAUCUGCAGGUCGUGCUGGGGCGGUUGGAGCCUGAGCUGAUGAGGAGGGGGAGACAUAGGAAGCAUCAUAGGCGUGCACCUGGGGAAGGGGGGCAGGGGGAGGAGAAGAGGAAGAGGAGGAGGAGGGAGAAGAGCCGGUUGAGGGAGGAGGAUGCGCUGGGGACUCCGGAGCCUGGAGUGGGGUUCAUACUUGGUUACCCUGCUCCAGGAGGGAAGGGAAAGUCUCCUGUGGCGGGGACGCUUACCCCCGGCUCGGGGAAUAGCACUCCUACCCCCAUCCCUACGCCUUCGCCUAACACGCUGUCCUUCGCCUAUGCGACGCAACCCAUGACGCCCGCUGCGUUGCUCCGGUCUGAGCUGGGCUCGCCACUCGGCUCGGGGGUGAACCUCAGCUUGCUUAAUACGCUGCAUCAGAACCUCGCCUUUUCGCGUAACGGGGAGGAUAGCGUCCGGUCAACACCGCUCGGUUCCCCUCUAGGGCAGAGCGGGUUCCAUCCCCAUCCCCAGGCUCACCAUCCACAGCCAGGGCACGGACACCAACCACUCGCUCUCCCCUCUGCACCCUCUGGGCACUCCCGUGCCCCGCAGAUCGAAGAACGCUCCGCCUGGUGGCUGGACGUCGCCUCCCCCACGCCAUCCGACAUGCGCGCGCUAGGGAAAGUGCUGCACCUCCACCCUCUCACGCUCGAAGACAUCCUCUUUCAAGACCCUCGUGAAAAGCUGGACCUCUACCCCCGGCUCGGAUACUACUUUGUCACUUUCUCCGCUCUCCCCUCGAGGGAGGAAGAACCGGACAUGCCUUACUCCAAAACAGUCGAUCCGGACACGUUUUCAAUCGCGAGCAACGCGAGUGACCUCACUGCCGAAGGCCGCUGGGAAGGGGUUGAUCUAGGAGAUCUAGGGCCGAGCAAGAUCGAGGGCGUGCAGGUUUAUAUGGUCGUCUUCGCAGAUGGGAUCGUGACGUUUCAUUUUCAUGAUUUGGAAAAACAUCUACGGGCCGUGAGGGAACGAGCGCUCAGGCUGGAAAAGAUGUUCCCUAUCCUUGCUGACUGGAUUGCACACGGACUGGUAGAUUCGAUCGUCGACGCCUACUUGCCUAUCAUAAAGCGCCUCGAGAGGGAGACAGACAGGCUCGCGUCGCUUAUCCAGAGUUUCCAGUUCGCCAAGUCAACCUUGAGAGCGGGAGCGGGUGGGGCGAAACGACUGCAGGGGACGAGCGCGGCUGCUGCGGCGGCGUAUGUGAAGCACGGGUUUGAGAGGGGGUUUGAGGGGACUGGGGAGGAGGGCAUACGUGGGCGUGGGGCAGGGGGCAGGGACGGGGAACCGAAGAGCGCGAGCUUGACGCCGUUUGAGAAUAGUCCUGUGAAGACUGAGCCUGGCGCGCGGGCUGAGACUGGGAGUGGGAGCGGGAGCGGAGAUUCCAGUCGUAAGAGACGGCCUGAACAUGACCAGGACCAGGACCAGGACCAGGAAGAUAUCGAGAUGGUCGACAUGGUGGAGAAAACAAACCGGGCCAUCGAUCUCCAAGUCGCGUACCGCGUCGCCCAAGAACAAGAGAUGGAGCGUCUGCACUCCCACGUUCUGUCCCGGCCUGUCAGGCAUAACUUCCCCUCCCCCCGCGCGGCCUAUGGCGUCCUGGUCAGCCUGCUCCCUCAUCGGGCACUCAAGCGCGUGAUGAGUAUCGACCCUCCGCGGCCUAAGCCGCCUCAUCCGCGCGUGGUCACGCUCUACCGGAUCGCCAGUGCGCGGAGGAUGGUGACGAGUAUCUCGAGGCUGUUGGUGCAUAAGCCUGUUGUGCUCAGCAGUUUGCGAAGACGGUUUGCAGGGGUGAAGGGGGUGAAGGGGGAUGUGGGAGUUUACUUGGACGAUGUGGAAGACCACAUAAUUGGCAUGCAGCAAGCGCUCGCAUAUUGUGACGGCACCCUCUCGCAGCUCCAUCCCGGCUAUCUCUCCCAGCUCAAAGUCGCCUUCGAGAACGCCAAGAACGGGAUGGACAAACGUCUCCUCAUCCUCUCCCUUAUCAGUAUCUCCAUCCUCACGAUCCAAGUCUGGAUCGGCCUGUUCUCGAUGAAUGUUACAGUGCCUACUAACCUACCUGAUGGGGGGUUCGAGAUCUUUGGGUUUGUGUUCUUGGGAAUGAUCCUGCUGCUGACGUUUGUGAUGGCCCUGGUGUGGUAUUGGUGGGACGCGAUUAGGAGGAAGUCGAAGGAGAGGAAAUGGAAGAGAUGAGUCGAGUCGAGUCGGUUCGGUUUAGAAAUUGUGCAUGGGAUAAUGGGCCCAUUUCGGCCUCGUUCACUUGGUUCAUGACUCUGUUAGUUUUGUAUUUAUU